AUGGAGUUCUUGGAGAACAUUUGCUGCGAGCCUAGGGAACGUCUCCCGGCGAUCCCGGUGCUCCCUCUGACCUCCGUUGCAGGUUUGCCAGCAUCUCAAACCCUGAUCGAAGAAAAUGUGACUUAUACUACGAAGCCGAUGGUGGCUGAACAAAUAAUCGAGGUGCCACAGGUCGAGUACCGCGACCACAUUGUAGAGGAGCGACAAACAGUGGUUAUGGAGAAGGUUGUUCAUGUUCCUCGAAAUGAGAUCAAAGAACGAGUUGUGGAGAUCCCACGCCAUAUCACGCGAGAAGUUUUCGUCGAUGUACCUCAAGUUCAGGUUGUCGAGAAGUUUGUCGAGGUGCCGACUCCAGUUUAUCAGGAAAAAAUCAUUCCCGUGGCUCGCCCGGUGAUCAAGCAAAAGACUACGCACGUGCCGAAACCUGUUAUCCAUGAAAAGACUGUUGAAGUACCCCGCGUCUACUACAAGCCGGUAACAGUCGAGAAAAUUGUCGAGGUUCCGGAUUACCGUAUCGAGUACAAGUACCGUGAUGUCCCAGUUCCUCAGAAAGUCUUUAGAAUUGUCCCGGUGGAUCGUAUCAAGUAUGUGCCACAGAUUCGUUAUGUGGAAAAAGUCGUCAAGAAACCAGAAAUUCGCACCCAUACGCUGCCCCUAUUUGAGAAUGUACACGAACGGCCUGUCGCAGUUGCUGCGCCGCGUCGUGUUCCGGUUGCCAGCCCUGCCACGCCGGUACUCGUGGAACGGCAGCGUCGUGAAGCGAAUCAACUGGUUUACCUGCCCUCGCCGACUCCGGUCGCGGAACGCCUCGUCUCAUCAGUUCAGCACUCAUCAGUAGAACGGCCUCAGUCGGUGCCGUCUGCGGCUGCCUCUCCUCGAUCGCUGCCGACAACGGUGUCUCAGAGUCCCCUCCCACCUUCAGAGCCGGUGAUUGAGACAAAGCUCGGCACUAUGACGUUCCCUGAAGAACGGCGUAUGCAGCUGCUCGAACUCCAGGAGCAGCAGAGGCUGGUGCAGCUUCAGGCUCACCAGCAGCAGACUGCCAAUGAAGCGCAGCACCAGCUUUUUAUGAAAGAGCAGGAACAUCUCCGCAGGGAGGCACAGGCUGUUGCGGAUGAUGUCAUGAUCCAGACGCGGUAUGGCCCCAUGAAAUUCCAGAACUUUGAAAAAUUGAACAAUGAAGACGCUAUGACGAGUCCUCUUGUUAGCGGUCCAGUUGCUGGCGUGUAUCCUGUCGUCUACGAGUCACACGAUGAGGACCUUCUGGAUCAGCGUUACAAGAUGCAGCUCCAGCAACUAACGAAGAUAGCUGCACGAAAUGCAUUCCAAGCAGGCCGUAAUGUGUACGAAGGUGUCCGCAAUCUCGUCAAUGGGGGGAAACAAGGCUGA